CCUAAGUGUCCCCUCUUGAGGGAACGCCCUGGGAUGGGGUGGGGAGUAGAGGGUUGAGAGGGAGGAUUUUCUUGGAUUUCUCUGUAGAACAUUAGAAUGUGAGGCCUGGGUCGGAUAAAUAAUAUAAAGAACUGGGGUUGGAUUCCCAGCGCCACUUAUGGUCCCCCCAGUCCCCACCCCACACUCUUACCCCACCAGGAGUGAUCCCAUAACCAGAUGUCAGCCCUGAGCACAGUCAGAACCACACGUGAUGCUCAAGCUUACUCCUGGCUCUGCGUUCAGGAAACACUUCUGGUAGGCUUCAAGGGACAUCUGGGGUGCCAGGAAUUGAAUCUGAGUGAGGGAGUGGAGGGGUAGCACACUGACUGUGCUCAGGGCAGACUCCUGGCUGAGCUCAGAGAUCACUUCUGGCCCACUCAAAGGACAUUAUAGGACCCAACCCAGGUUGGCCGUGUGUAAGAAUCAUGCAAGGGUCACUGCAUGGAGGGCUUCAACAAGGACAGGAAGUGCCAGUGUGACGAACUCUGCUCCUACUACCAGAGCUGCUGCAGUGACUACUUGGCGGAGUGCAGGCCCCAAGUGACGCGCGGGGAUGUAUUCACUCGGCCAGAAGAUGAGUACCAUUACUACGACUACGAGACCCAGGACAAUGCCAGCAGUACCCACACGCAGCUAGAGAGUACCUCCCCCAAGCCUGAGCUGCCGAGCCAGACUUCAGAGCAGACGCCUAUCCUGAAUCAUGAGGACAAGCCCGCCAAGCCUGAAGUAGUGGCUCUGGGGCCUGAGGUGACAGGCCAGGGGCUGGAGACCACGCAUCAAGGCACUGAGGAGGAGCUGUGCAGUGGCAAGCCCUUUGAUGCCUUCACCGACCUCAAGAAUGGUUCCCUCUUUGCUUUUCGAGGGCUGUACUGCUAUGAGCUGGAUGAAAAGGCAGUGAGGCCCGGCUACCCGAAGCUCAUCCGAGACGUCUGGGGUAUUGAGGGCCCCAUUGAUGCUGCCUUCACCCGCAUCAACUGUCAGGGGAAGACCUACCUCUUCAAGGGUAGUCAGUACUGGCGCUUUGAGGAUGGCGUCCUGGACCCAGGUUACCCCCGUGAUAUCUCAGAUGGCUUCCACGGCAUUCCAAAUGAUGUGGAUGCAGCUUUGGCUCUCCCAGCUCACAGCUACACUGGCCGGGAGAGGGUCUACUUCUUCAAGGGAAAACAGUACUGGCUCUACGAGUUCCAGCAACAGCCCAGCCAGGAGGAGUGUGAAGGCAGCUCCCAGUCGGCCGUAUUCACGCACUUUGCCCUGAUCAGGGACAGCUGGGACACCAUCUUCGAGCUUCUCUUCUGGGGUGAUACCUCGGGUGGUGCUGGAGAGCCACAGCUCAUCAGCGAGGACUGGCGAGGUUUGCCCCAGAAGGUGGAUGCGGCCAUGGCUGGCCGCAUCUACAUCUCGGGCUCCGCUCCCCGCUCCACCUGGACCAAGAAGCCCAAGUGGAAGACGCGUCGCAACCGGAGACGCUACCGCUCACAGCGCCACCGCAGCCAGAAAGCCCGCCGGCGGUCCCGCUCAGUCCUGUCUCGGUCCUGGCUGUCCUGGUUCUCCAGUGAGGAGAGCGACUUGGGAACCUACAACUACAACUAUGGGGACUAUGACAUGGACUGGCUGGUGCCUACCACCUGCGAGCCCAUUCAGAGUGUCUACUUCUUCUCAGAAGACAAGUACUACCGAGUCAACCUUCGCACGCGGCGAGUAGACACCGUGACUCCUCCCUACCCUCGCUCCAUUGCCCAGUACUGGCUGGGCUGCUCAAGUCCUGAGCGCCAGUAGGAGUGCAAGCCCCACCUUACUGGGCGCUCCAUCUCCCUCCCAGCCCAAUAAAGCACCCUUGGCUUGUGUUUUCA